AUGCCCACUCCAGCACACAAGCCAGGUCCCGGGGAAAGCUACGACCCACGCUCAGAGCCCCCACCGUUUGGGCAUGAGCUCAAGGCUUACUUCGGCCUCGAUGAAGAGUAUGUGAAUCUGAACCAUGGCUCGUAUGGAUCGAUUCCAUUGCCCGUCCUCUUUGCUGCUGGAGAAAACGCACUUGGGAUCGAGCGCAAUCCGGAUAGAUUCAUGCGACUCGAGGGCGCGCCUCUUCUGAAUAAGGCUCGCGAGGCCGUGGCCAAGAUAGUCAACGCGGACGUUGACGACGUCGUGUUCGUGCCCAACGCGACCGUCGCGCUCAACGCCGUCCUCCGCAACUUCGAAUGGCGCGACGGCGACAUCAUCGUCGGAGCGUCGACGACCUAUGAAGCGGUCUCGAAGACGAUGCAAUACCUCGCCGACCGCGCCGACCCACCACGCCCCACCGUCGCCGCCGUCGAGCUCAUCUUCCCAAUGGCCCACACGGACAUCGUCGCCGCGUUCCACACCAAGAUCCAAGCGCUCAAGGCCGAACACCCCAACAUUCGCUUCACGGACGUCCCGCCGAUCUCGCCUGGGCACUCGCCGGAGCCGGCGAAGCGGCAGAACAAGAUAGUCGCGGUCAUCGAUAGCAUCGUGUCCCAGCCGGGCGUGUAUUUGCCGUGGAAGGAGAUGGCAGCGGUGUGCCGAGAGGAGGGCGUCUGGAGCGUCAUCGACGCGGCGCACAGUAUCGGGCAGGAGCUCGACAUCAACUUGAGCGAGUCGAAGCCGGACUACUGGUUGUCGAACUGCCACAAGUGGUUGUUUGCGAAGCGGGCGUGCGCAAUGCUUUACGUGCCGAAGAGAAACCAGUACAUGAUGAAGUCCUCCUUGCCGACAUCGCAUGGGUACGUCUCGCCCGAAGAUCCGCGCUUCAAAGAGGUCGGCACGAACUUCGUAGAGCAAUUCCAAUGGACUGGAACCUCCGACUUCACGCCUUACCUGUCGGUUCACGACGCGAUUGCUUUUCGUACAUGGAUUGGCGGUGAAACCGCGAUCAACACGUACUGCCGACAGCUCGCUAUCGAUGGCGCCAAAAGGCUCGCUGAGCUUAUGGGCACAAGUGUGAUGGACCAAAGCGGCGAACUUACCCUAAGCAUGAGCAACGUCCAGCUUCCCCUUCCGGUCGAGUCCGAACCAGGCGAAAUCUACAAGCCAGAAGUGAAGAACAAGAUCAUGGAGUUCCUCAUGGAGAAGCUCCUUUUGGAGUGGAAAGUUUAUGCAAGCCUGCACUUCUAUACGGGUGGGUGGUGGUGUCGAUGCAGUGCCCAGGUGUUCACCGAGAUGGCCGACUUUGAGUACCUCGCGAAGGCGUGUACAGAGCUUUGUCAGGAAGUGAAGGAGAAGAUGCUGCCACGGAAGGUUUCAGUGACGCGAUAUUUCGUGGUAUGA